GCUCGUGGGCAAAAAGUUGCUUAGAUGAAUGGCUUGCCCAGUAGAUUUUCCUGCACCCCCGAAGCUGAAGACAUAGCACGUUAAAACUAUCACAAAUUACAUAAUCUUUGUUGAUUCUAGGCAGUGCAGUGCGAGAUCGAGCCUUUAUUUUCAGUUCUGACAUCAUCGAUUUGUUCACGACGUGGACAAUAGCGACUUUCAUUCUUGGGACAGAGUUGAAUAAUAGGAAAAUAAGACCGCAAAUCUUUUGCAAAGUCAUUCAUUCGUAUACAACAGGCGUGAGAAAAAUAGUACUAUAUAGCUGCAGUAGGAUAUGCCAUGCUACCGCUCCAUAGCAUUUAUGCAGUAAUGUGAUAUGUGAUGUUAGUUCGGCUUAGUUUGUUGGAUUUCAACUUUACAUCUGAUCGGUUUCGGUUAUGCGAAUCAACAGAAAGCCUCUUCACGUUAUAGUUAUUCGGUCUAUUUCCUGGAGUAACCUCUGCCGUCAUUGAUGUUGCUCAGGAUUCACCAAUUCUGUUCGGGACCAAUAGAGUCGGCAUGAAUGGAACCUGGAAACAGAUAUACAUAUAUAGAUUGCUGCUCGACUGGCGUUGGACCUACUACAAUACAACGUUAUACUAAUUUGAUAAUUGGAAAUCGAAUUAAAGAUAUUUCAUAGUUACAGGCUAUUCGUUGCCUACUUAAGAACCCUCGACUUUAUAGACUAUUCAUUAUCAUUUGAUCAGUUGAUGAAAUCGACUGGAUUGUUUGUGCUCGGAGAAUGAUUCGUUUAUCAAAACACUUCAGACGUCUGAUAAAUAUAGUCCGAGUCUGAUUUCUCGAAUUGUGUAAAAAAAAAGUCGGGACAGAUCGAAAGGGGAAGUUGAAGUUCACUGCUUGAUUUGUGAAGCACCAGGAAUAGAAUUCGACCUACCCAGAAACCGAAACUCGAUUUUAAGUAUUAUUAUUAUUAUAUUGCAAUACCAUCAUCAAUGAUUCUUUAGGAGAGUGAGCAGGCCGCCAUUUUGAAAGCCGCAUUGCACCAUGGGAUCUAGAGCCGUGGCAGGCCCCGAGGGAGAAUCGAACGGCUCCUACAAGAUUCUGCUCAUCGGUGGGAGUGGGGUGGGAAAGACGUGCCUUCUAAGGAGAUACGUGGAGGGAGAGUUCCCACUCAACAGCAAAGCUACACUUGGACUGGAUUUCAAAAUUCGAACCUUGAUCGUUGAUAAAGAUGAGAUCCGUCUUCAACUCUGGGACACUUCCGGUCAGGAGAGAUUUCGUUCCAUGACCCAAGCCUACUACAGAGGAGCAGCAGGCAUUGUCUUAGUCUAUGACGUCACAGCCGAAGACUCCUUCUCAACACUUUCUGAUUGGCUGGGCGAUGUCAGUAUGUAUGCUCCCGAGGAUGUGAAGGUGAUAUUGAUCGGUAAUAAGUCUGAUGCAGACGACGAUGAACGAAUCAUUAGCCGGCAAGCAGGAGAAGAGUUUGCCAAAGAACACGGACUGAAAUAUUAUGAAACGAGUGCAGUGACCAAUGAGAACGUAGCAGAAGCAUUUGAACACUUAGCAAAGCUUCUUCUUGAAGAUGAGAAAAGGACAUCAAACGGCAUCAAAAGACACCCAUCAAACCCAUCCCUUGUAACAUACAUCAAGCCAACGGUUAAAGAGAAGUCGUCUUGCCCUUGUUGACAUCUUACAUGUAAUGGUUGGUUGUGCCCAAGACUCGAUUGGAACACUUGUAUGUCACUACGACAAUGCCACUUUCGUGUCACGAUUUUCAUAUACCACGUGAUCAAUAUGACUUGAAUGUAUGUGACGUUAAUUGUGCUAGCAUUAUUGUCAUGUCGACAAAUUAUCAUGGCAUCAUACAUCCAGUGACUGUGCCCAAUACAUGAUUGAAACACUUAUGUCACUGCAACAAUGUGUGUCCUGAUAUGAGACCACGUGAUCGAACGUCACAAUGGAAAUUAUAUGACGUAACCUGUGCCAGCAUUUAUAUUGUCAUGUCGACAAUCUGUUACGUGGUUGGAACAAAAUAAGUACGAGGUUCAUUCUCGUCACGUGAUAUCAGAGUGUAAUAUUUAAUCAGCUGCGUGGAAUAUCAUGUUGCUUUAAACUGCUGCGAUGUCGACACUGUCGACACCGCGAAGAAGCACAACAAACUCUGUCGGCGGUAAGCGAAUACUAUUACAGAACUACACGAGCGAGUAGGGGAGUCGGAGAUGAUUAUGUUCUGCAUGUUUCAUGAAGGGAGGUGAAAGGAUAUGAAGAACGGAGUAACAAUAAUCGACAUUCUAAUAUUUAAUAAGAAAAUACUGUGUCCAUUCGCUUUUUCAAAACCAAAUAUUAUUUUAACUGGCGGUAUUUUAAAACAUCAUUUGUUUUAUUAUGUAUAUUUGAAAAAAAAUAUUAAACUCGUCGUAUAGGUCUAUUCAACCCUAACUCUUUAUUUUAUGUCAGUAGUUUAGCAAAAUAAUGAAUUGUAUUGUUUAUGUUAUAAUGUUUCUGCCCAAUGUUGUGAUCGUUGUAAUGUUUACAAGUUCACAGUCACCAUCUUGUUCAUCUUAAUUUAUCUUCUUUUUUUUCCUGGAAUUUUUUUUCUUAUCAUUGUUCUCAUGUUGCAAUAAUGGAGUGAAAUAGUGAAAUAUUAUGAUACUUGUUCUUACACCAUGAUAUCACCAUUACAUAAUAUUAUUAUCUUCAUAUUUCUAGCAUCGUUGGCAAACGCAUACAUUAUAUAGGGAACAACUCCCUGCAUUAGGCCGGGGAAGGGGGGGGGUAAGACGAUUUAUAUGUGACGUAUUUUCUUUUCCCAAUGACCAACCCCCAACCCCGCAUUUUUUGUACUUUUUAUUUAUUUGUGGAGCAAGAUUACAUCCCAAAAGAUGGCGCCAGUGUUUCAUUUAUGAUUUUUUUCACGAUUGGCAACAUUGAUAAUUAUCUGCAUUCAAGCGUACGAAUCAACUCAUCAACUUUCAUAUCACUGAUAUAAAAUAUGCAUUAAUUUCUUCUUUUUUUAACAUGUAUAGCUUUUAUAUUGUUAUUUGUAUAUUGUGCCUACAAUCUUGAAAACAUGAAAAAAAAGUUAGCUACGACUGUUGUUCCAUGUUCGAUACUGUAUAAAAACACGUUGAACAUCAAUACCAUUGAAUGUUCUGUCAUGAUACUGAAGCAAGACCAAUACCAGCUCUCACAACCAAGUUUUGCACUAUGUCCCUAUAUAACAUGUACUGUUACAGAUGAAGAUUGGUCGUUGCCACAGCCGCUAUUGAUAUGUUUUCGAAUAUUAUUUGAUAAUUUGGAUAACAUCCGGACUGCUUUCAAAACUGUAAAUAGUUCAUUCAUAUUUUACAUAGAUCAUUACCCGUCCUUUACAUUGCAAAUUACAUCUAUGCAUUCUUGGAAGAUAUGUUUCUAAAAAGGAUAAUGUGUAUUUAUUAA